AUCACCUUCAUAAUAUCAACACUCUUUCUCCUAUUUCUACAUUAUAUUAUAUGUGUCUCUUUAAUUUUACCACAUGCAUGUAAAAUGGCUAAGUUUUUUGCCCCAGGCUACUUCAUUUUUUUGUUCAUCAUGAGUCAUUUAAUGUCCAUAAUAGGGAAGUUGAAGACUUAUUGGAACGCUUCAAGUAUUCCUCAUGAACUUCUUUCCCUUGAUAUUGCAGCUAGGCUUAGUACAGACUCAGAUGCCAUAGAGGCAGCUUCCACUGAUUUUGGAAAUAUUGUUAAAGAAACACCAGCUGCAGUUCUUUAUCCAUCCACCAUUAACGAUAUACUCGAUCUCAUCAAGUUAUCCUAUAAUACGCAUAUCCCUUUUACCAUCGCGGCGAGAGGGCAUGGCCACUCAGUGAGGGGCCAGGCCAUGGCGCGAAACGGGGUUGUGGUGGAUAUGAAUUCUUUAAAGAAUAACUACAGAACUGGAAUUAGGGUUAGUUGGGAUGCUUCGUUAGGGUUUUAUGCAGAUGUUGGAGGUGAGCAGCUUUGGAUUGAUGUUUUGAAUGCCACACUUGUGCAUGGACUUGCUCCUGUCUCGUGGACUGAUUUUCUGUACCUCACUGUUGGUGGAACUUUAUCUAAUGCUGGAAUCAGUGGCCAAACUUUUCGUUAUGGUCCUCAAAUUAGUAACGUUCAUGAUAUGGAUGUUAUUACAGGUAGCUAGAUACAGAUAUAUGUCGUACGUUUCAUUUAUGGUUUAACUUGUAUACAUGGACAAUGUAAAGAAAUUAUUCAUACUUUCAGGCAACCUAAAAGAAUUUUGUAGGUAAUAAUCAAUAA